UGUGCUCAGUUUGCAAGAAUUCUAGGAAUUGUACAGGAAUAUGUCCACAGGAAUGCUAGUCCACAGGCACAUUUGGAAUGUUAGAUGUUAGUCCCAAGGAAUGUCCUGCCUGCCUGCCUAAGUGCUUAGGCCAGGGACUGGCCCCUUGCUCCUCUCUGUCAGAGCUCUCCAGGUUGCACGGUCCAUUGGACUUGUUUCUGCAAACUUGAGACUCAGUCCAGUGUCUUCCUGAGGAAUUUUGAUAGAAGGAAUUUGGGUCAUACAGGUUCCUGGGCAUUUGUCCAAGAAAGCUGAACAGUCAGCCACACGUGUUGUCCAGAUGGAGCAAGUUGAGUUGUAUAUAGGUGGACUUUGCACAAUUCAUAACAUAUCCUUGGACGUUUUAUAGUUUGUACCAGUCAAAAUAGGAGGGACAGUCACAUUACAGAAAGACCACUGCAGGAAGUUGGUAACAAGACAAAGAGGUAGACAUCAAUCAAGACCUAGUUAGUCCAGACCAGCUGAUGACAGCUUGUAACCAAAGAAGAUUGCUAUCUCUCUGAUCACAGGCAGACAAUUCCUUCAGUGUACCUGACUCAUCUACAGUUUUCUUAAACAGUGUGUGGCUGUUACAAUGUUUUUAGAUGCUGUUCCUUCAAAAUUAUAACAUUUAAUGUCCUUAUUUUAGGAAGGGGUUAUAACUACAUCAAUUUUGCACUUACUCUAUACCCUUCUUCAAUUACCAAGACAGGCUAGAUGUUGCCCUGGAACCGGCAAGAAGAAUGUCUAUGUGACAGGAAUAUCCUGUUGACAUUGGAAAAAAGAAUUUCAUUAUCAGGAACAUCCAGUCAAUUAUUUUCCAGGUUUCGUUUGUCUUAUGUUCACCACCAGUAAAACAUAAUCGUCGCCAUGUUUUCAACGCCAAUCUUGUUCCUUUUGUGCUCAAAAUUCUCCAGGUAUGCAUUGUUAUCAAUUGUAUGCGCCCUGUAGUUUGCUGAUAAUCAAUUACCCAACCUUAAACUUCUAAGGAUGGUGUCUCCACUCCAAACAGUCUGAUAAUUUUCUGAUGAUGACCAUAUACUAUAGACAUUUGCAAAUGAUGUCAUGACAUCAAUGGAAUGCAACACAUGAACAACAAACAUUUUUUAAAGUAAUGUGGAGAAAGGCUACUAGUAUUGAUUUGUUGCCCUUUUGUUUUGCAGGAUCAAGGUGCAGUAUAAUGGCAGGGGUGCAGGGAUCACGGGCAUCAUUUGAUUUUUGUCACAAUCCGCAUGCAGGCUCCCUCUUGCAGGGCUUGCAGGAACUGCGAUCAGACAACAAGCUGCUUGAUGUUACCCUUUGCGUCUCUGGAAAAGAGAUCCCGUGUCACCGAAAUGUUCUGGCUGCUUGCAGUGAAUACUUCUGUGCAAUGUUCUGCAAUGGACAUCGCGAGACCAAAGAGUAUAAAGUAACCAUUAACGAGGUCGACAGUAACGCCUUGCAGCUUCUUGUGGACUAUGCAUACACAUCAAAAGUCACAAUCACAGAACACAAUGCUGUGGAACUUUUAGAAGGGGCCAACUUCUUCCAGAUCCAACCUGUGCGUGAUGCUUGUGUGACUUUUAUAUCCAACAAUCUGAGUGCUGAAAACUGUCUGCAGAUGAUGCACAUAGGCAACAUACUGUCCUGCCCAGACCUGGAGAAGAAAGCAAGGUUAUGUAUCUUGAAGGAGUUUGCAGCAGUUAGUAAAACACCUGAGUUUUUUUCUUUGACAAAGGAACUGCUCAUCACAUUUAUUUCAUCUGAUGACCUCAAUGCUUCAGAAGAAACAGUCUACACAGCAGUGAUGGCAUGGAUCAACCAUGACGCUAGGGGGAGGAACCAGGAGAUGAAAGAGCUGAUGGAACUGGUCAGGUUUCCCUUCAUGGACAAGAUGUACUUCUUGGAGAAUGUGGAGAGUAACAACACUGUACGCAAGACUUGCCAUGAUACCGUCCUGGAAACUCGCAAGUACCAGCUGUUCCCAGGAGAGGUCCAGUCACCCCGCACCCGUCCUCGCCGUGCCACUGGUCUGAAGGAGGCAGUAGUGAUCAUUGGAGGGCUAGAGAAAAAUGGUGAUGAGAGGCCAGUUUACUCUCAUUCCAUCACAAUGACAGACUCCAUGGAGCCAACCAGCUCGAGCUGGGUGCCCAUGACCAGAAUUGAUCACAAAACAUGUAGCAGCUGUGUGACUGUUCUUGGCACAAGUGACAUUCUUGUGUCUCUUGACAAGGAAGUGUGGCUGUACCAACCAGAGCUAAACUCCUGGUCCCAACUUGCUGAGAUGAACUCAGAUCGAUAUUUUCAUGGGUUAGCAGUAUUACAAGGUAAAGUGUAUGCAAUUGGUGGUAAAUUAUAUAAAAGUAAAAUGCUUCCUGCUCUUUCAUCUGUAGAGGUCUAUGAUAGAAGGCAUCACAAGUGGACUGAAGGCAUACCUCUCGCACGGCCAAUGAUAGGUCAUGCCAUUGCAGUGUUGGAUGGCAACAUAUAUGUAAUGGGUGGGAUUGACAGUGAAAAGAAACAAACAUCUACAGUGUACCGCUUCAGCCCAGGGGACUCCCAGUGGCAACCACAGAGAAACAUGCCCGAAGCAGCUGAGGGGAUCAUCACAGCUGUAGUUCUCAAUGAUAGCAUCUACGUCGCUGAAGUACAGUCAUGUAUUUUCUGUUUUAAGCCUGAUGAUGAUGGUGGUCUCUGGAGUAAUGUAGUAUCAGGUGUUCCACCUUGCUGUGGAAUGACCGUCUUUGGCGAAAAGCUCUUUAUCUGUGGAGGCCUGGUCAAUGACAUUACAAGUAAAGAAGUCUUAUGCCUUGAUCCGGAAUCACAGUCACUUAUCCAUGUAGGGACCAUGUCUAAAGGUCUGUAUCUACCAGGUUGUGUCACCAUACUGAAGAGUUGUUGAUGUACAAUGGACUGCCAUGUACUAUUCUAAAUUUAGAAUAUUCAAAGCUAAGUACAUCGUUUGAUAUUUCAAAUGGAUAAUGUUAACAAUCUGAUUGUGGCCACCUCAGUAGCCUGCUGUUGUUAAUGGCUGGGGGAAUAGCACAUGUUCACAGACACAUUUUAGCUACAUUAUGGAAGGAACUAUCAUACCAAGGGAACUCUUCCACAAGCUUACUAUAGGAUAUAUCCAAUAGUUUAAAUCUAAGGAGGAAUUUCCUCUAAUGUACUUGAAUCCUGUCAAAUUCCUUGAAGAACAUUGUUAGUACAUCAUGCUAUUUGAUAGAGCUAUAGUCAAAAGUGUUUUAAUUUUUCAUGUUUUUUUUUCUGUGCCACUGUUCAGUUCAUUGAGUAGUACAAAAUUCCUGUAAGAGCCAAUUUGUGAUCAUUAAAUUAUGGUCAUUAUUUUGUUUUGGUACAAACAUGUACCUUUGUAUGAAAGAUGUUAACCUUCUUAACAAUGAGGAUUAAAGGAACAAUUAGAGAUAGAAUGGGAGCUGUAUAGAAUAGUUACUGUUAUCAUACUGCCUCAAGUAUAAGUAGUUUAUUAUUAUUUUUCUGUAAUUGUUAUUGAUGAUUAACAAGCUGUGUUUGAAAAACA